AUGAAGCAGAUUUACAUGCGAAGUUAUUACCACUUCCAAGUCUUGCCCACAGUCCUAACACCUCUGGGAAGAAGGAGAUACCUGUACAGACGUGAAGAACCUGACAAGGUAUUGAUAAUGAUUUGAUCCCACAGAUAAGUCCCUCAGUGCUUAAAUAAAAUUGAACUCACUUGUGGUGAUAUUAUCCAAGUCCUUUCCAAAGAGGAUGAAUUGAGGUGGUUUGGGCAGCUGCAGAACGGACAGAAGGGCUACUCUCCUGCCUCCUGUGUCAUCGAGCUGAGUCAUAACACACACCAUAUGGACGGGGCAACUAAAAAUGGUGAAGGUUUGCAAAGACGCAGUUCAGUUCAGGUUGACUCAGUGGUGAUUCUCCGGGAACGUGCUGGUGGAGGCAGGCAGCAGGCCCCUAGGGGUGGAGGAAGGGAGGAGGGACCUUUCCUGACUUUGAAGCAGGACGCCCAAGCUCCCUCCUCGGUCCACAGCUCGCCCAGCCUGCUGCCCAGGCUCCUGUCCAAACAUCGCAGAACGAGCCAGUGCCAGGGGGCCAGUAACAGGGUAAUGAACUUGAACAUGACUGAAUGGCACCAACGUGCAGGACAGCCUCGAGCUCAGCCCACGAUUGCUCUUCCACCAAGCAGUGUGGUAGAGUACACCAGAACUAUUUGCACUCUGGUUGAGAACAUGUGUUUGUGA